AAAUAGGGUGUCCGAUACGGAUCGAGUAGCCACACUCUUGUUUCCACCCAGAGUGUCGCACAAUCUGAAACGUCAACACCAUGCGCCAAAUGUUAUUUCGCUAAAAUAGCUAGAUAAGAUAAAGUGUCUAAUCGACACACUAAAUAUACAAUAAAUUACGGAAGUAAUGGCUGACUACUGGAAAUCCCAACCCAAAAAAUUCUGUCAGUACUGUAAGUGCUGGAUUGCAGACAACAAGCCUAGUGUGGAAUUUCACGAGAGAGGAAAAAACCACAAACAAAAUGUUACUGCCAAAAUUGAAGAGAUUAAAAAGAACAGCACUGACAAAGCAAAGAAGGUUAAGAAAAUGUCCAAGGAGUUUGCAGUAAUGGAAGAGGCUGCCUUGAAAGCAUAUGAAGAAGACAUGAAAAGAUUACAAGCAGAAGAAGAAACAUCUGUUCCGGCUCGAAGAAACAUAAAAAAAUGUGAGGCUCAAGACAUUGCAGAACCUGACAAGAAGAGUGAAUCUGAUCGCUGGGUGUUGGGAACAACUGACACCGGUCAAAUUUACUACUACAACACAAGAACAGGAGAGUCUCAGUGGGAGAAACCAGAAGGGUUUCAAGAUGAAAGUGAAUCAUCAGCUACAGAACAAACUGAGACUGGCAGUGUAUGGUUGGAAGCUCUGAGCCCAGAGGGAUAUAUGUACUACUAUAAUACAAAGACUGGUGAGUCUACAUGGGAAAAGCCAUCUGCAUUUUCCACUAAGGAGGGAAGCCCAUCUAAAACACAUGUCGAACCUAAGGUCCAGCGUAUGACUAAUCCAGAAUCCCCCUCCAGCAUAAAUUACAAACAGUCAUGUGCUCCCAAAAUUAGCUUCAGGAAACGAAAGGAAAAAGUCACAGAUCAACCAGAGAAUGAUGAACAAGAAACUACAGUGGAAGUGGAUUUGCAAAAAGAAGAAAAGGAUAAAGUCAACAUAGAAUCAUCUGCACCCAUAGAAAAGGAAAAAACACUUGUAAAGAAACCCAGACCAACAAAUCCAUAUGGGAUCUGGGAACAGAUUCAGGAGGAUGAGGACCCAUACGAAAAUGUGGAUUUGCAACUGCCACAGAAAGAAAGUGCAGGUUCAACAUCCACAUCCUCUGAUGUUCUUCCAAAACCCAAAACGAAGUUUAAGGAACGCACCAUCACCUCUCUAGGAGAUGAAAGUUGCUUGGGAGUAAUAUUCAAAAAGAGAAAAACAGAUAACGGAAAAUCCAGAAGCCUUCGGCAAAGGGAAAUGGAGGAUUGAGAGUUUAAUUUCUUGGCAUCAGUAAUCCUACAAAUAUUUGAAUAGACAACUAUCAAUUUAGACUUCUUUACUUUCAUAAAUUGCAGAAAUCCUUUUUUAUUUGUUAUCUGUUGAUGGUGUGUACUUGACAAAUCUCUUUAUGAAUAUUUGUAUAUUCUUUCAUAAUUCUUUACUAUACUCAUAUUCUCAUGAACUGCUUUUACAACUGCCACAUAGGAUUUUACAAUUUAACUGGCAAUUAUCACAAAUAUCUUGGACAGGGAUGCAUUUAAAAAAUGUAUCCUUUUUGUUUGGAAGUAUGCUGUUUGUAUGAGAUGGUGUUUGUGUAUUAAUAAAGCUGUUAACCACU